AGUAGUACUACUGGCUGUACAACUGGUAUACGCUUAUAGUGUGUGUGUGUUAUAGUGUGUGCUGUAAUCGUAUGUCUGUAUUGUAUGGCAUAUCGUAUGCAUAGUAUUGUCGCAAAAUGUCGGACGAAGUCUUUGUUUGAAUGCAUCGAUUCAUUGGCUGUAAACACAUCCCACUGUGUCUUCACUACACACUCGUUGACAAUCACUGACCGCCACAUCAGCCGACUAUAGUGUCCACACGAAGACAGUGUCCCACCGAUUAGCACCCGUUUGGACGGCCACCGCAUCGACCGCUCAAAGCGCUCGCAAACACCGGACUCUCUCUCACUCUCUCUCUCUCUCUAAACAUAACAAACAUUUGUUAUAUUAGUUUCACAUAACAUAUACGCGAAGACAGAGGCCGUGAAGACAAACUCUGCAGCGAAAAUAGCGUCGAUAUCGUCGUCCAUCUCUUCAUCGCUGCUGUCAUCGCUAUCGUCAUCGGGAGUGCCAUUGAAUCCAUCAUUUUUGCAUUCAAUACAAUCAGCGAUUCCGCCGACAAACGCCUCCAUGGAUAAGAAGAAGCCGUUGAAACGGCCGCGAAUGGACGCCCCGAUCGGCGCCCGUUCGGGUCCCAUAGCGAACGGCCCAAUGCACGCGCGCCCACUCGUGGCCCUAUUGGACGGUCGGGACUGUUCUGUGGAGAUGCCGAUCCUGAAAGACGUGGCGACCGUUGCCUUCUGUGACGCGCAGUCCACGCAAGAGAUCCACGAGAAGGUACUGAACGAAGCGGUGGGCGCUCUCAUGUGGCACACCAUCACUCUCACCAAAGAAGAUCUCGAGAAGUUUAAAGCGUUAAGAAUUAUCGUUAGGAUCGGUUCCGGCGUCGAUAAUGUCGACAUCAAAGCCGCCGGAGAAAUGGGAGUGGCCGUUUGCAACGUUCCCGGCUAUGGCGUGGAAGAGGUGGCCGACACGACGCUAUGUCUUAUACUAAACCUCUAUCGGCGCACCUAUUGGUUGGCAAAUAUGGUCCGCGAGGGCAAGAAAUUUCAGGGCCCCGAACAGGUUCGGGAAGCGGCCGCCGGCUGUGCCCGCAUCCGAGGCGACACAUUGGGAAUCGUGGGUUUAGGUCGUGUGGGAACGGCUGUCGCCCUGCGAGCGAAGGCAUUCGGUUUUAAUGUAAUCUUUUACGACCCGUACCUUCCGGACGGUAUCGAGAAAUCGUUGGGUUUGACCCGAGUUUAUACACUCCAAGACCUACUCUUUCAAAGCGAUUGUGUUUCACUUCAUUGUACUCUUAAUGAACACAAUCAUCAUCUCAUUAAUGAAUACACUAUCAAACAGAUGCGUCCGGGUGCCUUUUUGGUGAACACAGCGCGUGGAGGACUGGUAGACGAGAAUGCCUUAGCGGCGGCGCUAAAAGAUGGUCGCAUCAGAGCUGCAGCACUCGAUGUACACGAAAACGAGCCCUUCAAUGCCUUGUCGGGCAUGGCUGACUCACCGAACGUGAUCUGCACCCCUCACGCCGCCUGGUAUUCGGACGCCUCGUCGACGGAACUGCGAGAAAUGGCCGCCUCUGAGAUCCGGCGGGCAAUUGUCGGCCGAAUACCCGACUCAUUGCGAAACUGUGUCAACAAAGAGUACUUUGUGUCCUCCAAUUACGGCGAGAGUAUUAAUGGGUCGGGCAGUGCGUACAACUAUACGGGCCCUAUAGUGCCCCACUCGACAACGCUGGAGCCGCUGCCGGCGCCCGGCUCUGUGCCCACAUCACUGUCCUCAGCGCACGCGACGCCACACUCGACAUUACAAGAGGCCGCUAAUCAUAUGACACCCAAACCCGAGAGCUCUGAAGUUCAUUGAAAUGACAGCAAAAACAACAAAAAUAUAAAACAAAUUUCAAAUCAAAUCAAAAAACAUUUUUCGACAAAAAACUCAAAUCAACUCUUCUUUUGUUUGAUUGAUUGUGCCGUUUAUUAAUGAAACAAAUUAUGGAAAAUUUUAAUUUUUUCGUUUCGUUCCCUCGCGUUCUGUCCCCUCAUAUCGCUUAUGAAAUGAUUGAUAAAAAACUAUAUAUUUCUCUCACACAUAAACACUACACAAACUGCUCUUUAGAGACAAUUGUUUCCGACA